GAAGUUCUUUCAUUUUAGCUGAAGAACGGAGAUUGUCUGCUUAUUUUUUCCAUGAUGUCUGUCUGAAAACUAAAACCAUUAAACCAACUCUAAUGGCUGGCCUGAAGUGAGCCGUACCGCACACCAAGAGACUGGAAAUACAUCUGUCGAGCAUUUAUCGUGUAGUUGAUCCAAACACUCAAACGGAACCGUUUCCUGCUCUGAAAGAAGCUUCGCCGUGCUGUUAAACUCUGGGAAGCUAACUUCGCGUUAGCUGCCCACCGAACUGUGACAGUGUCGGACUUAUCAAGAAAAUCCAAAAACACGAGCUCAUCAGUUGGAGCAGACAAAGACAGCAGGAACUGCAGGGAUUUGAGCAUCCCCUACCAUCAACGGGCCCUGAGAUGACAUCACAGCAGCCUCACCUUCCCAGUGCUGUUAUUCCUCCCCAGCUUGCCCAGAACUCCUCUGCUCAGCAGGCCCGGCAUCACAUUCAGGCUAAUCAGCUGGACUCAAGUCAGAGCAGUGCAACUGCUGGGCGUCUGGAUCACAGAGCUCUGACAGGCAGGCCGGGCUGCUCCGGGGUGGCAGCAGCCAGCGGAGAGCUGGCCAAUAGGAACAAUUCUGCAUCCUGCACCAACUCCAGCUUGUCCAGAAGAGAUGUGGGCUUCGAGCCGUGGCCUGAGGAAGCAGUGGACAAUUCCCAUGGGCUGUACUCACUUCACCGCAUGUUUGACAUAGUUGGAGCCCAGCUAACCCAUCGUGAUGUCAGGGUACUGUCAUUCCUGUUUGUUGACGUGAUUGACGAGUAUGAGCGCGGUGGCAUCAAGAGUGGAAGGGAUUUCCUGCUGGCCCUAGAGCGCCAGGGUCGCUGUGAUGAGACCAACUUCCGACACGUUCUCCAGCUUCUAAGGAUUAUCACCCGACAUGACCUAUUGCCUUAUGUCACACUCAGGAAACGGCAGGCUGUAUGCCCAGACCCUGUUGACAAGUACCUGGAAGAGACAUCAGUGCGCUACAUUUCACCAAGGGGAGCAGUACAGAGCAAGGACACUGCGCCUCACAGUAGAACAGGUCCUCAGCCAGUCAUCUGCUGUUCUCCGUCAGGACCUCAUGUGGGCCCCCCGCGAACAAAGCCAACUCCCCCUGUCCCAAACCGCAAACGGAGGAGAAGUCAUUCCUCAGCUGACUGCAGAGAGAAGCAAACAUGUGAUAUCCGCCUCCGGGUUCGUGCUGAAUACUGCCAGCAUGAGUCUGCGCUUCAGGGCAAUGUCUUCUCCAACAAGCAAGAGGCGGUGGAGCGACAAUUUGAGCGCUUCAACCAGGCAAACACUAUUCUCAAAUCCCGAGACUUGGGCUCCAUCAUCUGUGACAUCAAGUUCUCUGAGCUCACCUACUUGGAUGCCUUCUGGAGGGACUACAUCAAUGGAUCGUUGCUAGAGGCCCUUAAAGGGGUCUUUAUCACAGAUUCCUUAAAACAGGCUGUGGGCCACGAAGCUAUAAAACUCUUGGUCAAUGUUGACGAGGAGGACUACCAGGCUGGUCGACGCAAACUGCUCCGUAAUUUGGUCACAAGUGGAGGGUGCCCACCAGGAGCUAGCAAAGACUUUGUAUCUUAGACCCACUCUCCAGGCGGUAGCAUAUGGGAGGAAUGCAGCUCCGCCUCCCCCACAGGGAAUAGUGUGAGAUGUGGUUGUGUCGUCUGAGCUGCCUGAAGUGUGUGCCUACAAGGAACUGAAGGACUCCUAUCCACCACAUUGAUUCCUUCAGAGCUAAGGUCAGGAUAUCUACUUGGCACCCCUGAGAGUAGCAUGCGGGGUGAUUGAUUGGAACUAUGUUAGCAAAAAGAAGUAGGAGCAUACAGGUUGACAUUAUUUUGAAUGUUAGACUGGUCAUUUUCUUCAAGGAGGAGAAUGCUGAUUCGUGUGUGCAUUAACUUUAACUCAUUUCUGGUAUGUUAGCUCAUUGAAAACACAUCUGUUAACUGAUAAUACUCUUCACCCCCUUUCAGUUCAAAAUCCAGUUCUUUUAAAUACAGUAAACAUGCGUAACACUGACAUAUUACUCCCAGUGGGAGUUGUACUUUGUCAAACUGGUUCAUCUUUUUUCCAGGUUUUUCAGGUAUAUUACAGAUUGAUUGGAUUAACCAAUAAGUAAGUGUUCUGUACAGUGUGUUAAAGAAAGGCACAGACCGUAGUUGACUUAAUUAUAAUUUGUUUUUCUAUUUCUUCCAGCUUAUUAUCCUGCUUUCCCAAGACUUUGCAGAGUUUCUUGUCUGUUGAGAUGAACACUUGCAGAGCCUUUGUUUUUUUUUUACUGGCUCGUAUUUGGCCAUCGUGAACGUCAUUUUGUCUCAGAUUUGUUUUCACAAUUUUUCUUUGUUUUACAACAGGGCUCGUUACCAGCAAUUGUGAUUCUGGCCUUAUGUAAAAUUUAAAUUUUUCAGUCACUGCCAAUAUUUCAAACUUUGUGGAUUGUUCAGAUGUGUCGAAUCAUAUCCAAUGAGUCAUUCUCUGGUGUUUUAAAUUAGUUUGGAUUUUCAAAUCAGUGCCAGUUUCACUGUCAGCCUGUACCUCUGCUCAUUCACCAUCUCACUCAUGAAAUAACACUGAACUUAAUCGACAGCAGAUGAAAAUCACAGCCAUUGUAUGUAGAGUCAUCUAAGUUGUGCAGGUAGUAAGAUGCCAGAACAAAUUAAAAUAAUUGACAGUGCCUGUUUUUAAGAUGUUAAAGAUAUUUUAGCCAGCUGUAGUUGAACUCAAGCUUGCUAAAUCGUCAGCAGUCUUCUCUGGGGAUAAGUCAUGCUUCCUGGUGGAUGAAUAUGUAGUUGAGUCCGCAUAUUCAAAAGGUGGUAUGAGCAAGUGUUGCAAUCACUUACUCAUCCACUCGCUUGACAACCUGUUGGAUGUUUUGGAGAAGCAGCUACAGGUGUUCUCAGCUACAUCCCCCUCUUUUAGGAAGUGAGGCAUCUACACAGGCAUUCACGAAGUGAUUGGGGAUUUUUUUAAUAACGUUUGGAAACAGAAAAAACUAGCACUAUGCGGACCAGCAUAAUAGUGAGGUAUUUAGCAUGUUAAUCCUCUACAGUUUAGUGCUGAUCUUAAUAAUGUGCUUUUAGUGGCAUAACACCAUUUUUACAGUGUAGUCUGAAAUGCAGAUUAACCAACAUGUGGAUUUAUAUUCAUUUAUUUUUGGUAUCCAUGGAAUGAGGUGGAUUAACAGAAGACAUUAGGUUUGACAGUAUUACUGAUGUUAAUUUUAUGCAGUAAAAUACACUCAGUGGCCACUUUAUGAAGCAUACCCCUCUAGUUCUGGAAAGGCUCCCUGAACAAGUUGAAAUAUUCACAGCAUGGAUUCAUUGAGGUGUGGGAGACUAGAUUCUGAGAUUCUGCAUCAUAUUUACAGGAUAGCCCCACACAAUUGCUGCAGAUUUUGUGGCUGCACAUUCAUGCUGCAGACGUCCCAUCUCACCUCAAACUAUAGGAGCUGCACUGUCGGCUGGAGAUGUUUUUGUAUUUCUGCAGGCUGCAAGAUUUCAACCAGGCUGGUGAUAUAAUACUCAACUUAUCUGAAAUAAUGUUUAGCUGUAAUAACGUUUUCAGGAUAUCAGUAGCUUAUAUGGACCAGUACACAUUCAUCCCGUACAGCUUGUUAUUUUUGAGUAACUUCACCCUUUCGGUUUUUAAGCAUUGCAGUGUCAGCAAGCUGCAGAAAUUGUGCACAUUAAAAGUUCCUGAUAUACCCAGCCAAGAGUCCGCUGUUGUGUGUCUUUGAGCCCAGUGUGGCCAACAGUUGCCUGUAGUUUUCGUGGUGUGUCCCCAUGUCGACCCUUAUUAACAGCUAAUUAAUCAUGUAUUAUUAGUGGGGAUGUAACAAUAUAUUGAAUUUCAUGAUAUCACGAGAAAAAUGUUGUGAUAUCACGAAAUUCAAUAUAUUGUGAUAUCACGAUAAAAAUGUCUCGAUACCAUUGUGGGAUUGUAAUAAAAUCCACCACAAUAUGACAUGGUUAUUUUGCUAGUACAGCUGCGUUCCUCUGUUUCUCCUUUUUGGUUCAUCAACACUAACGCUUGCCUGAGGCAAGUAAACUCUGUGUUCAGGCAAGUGAAUGCCUCAUGCAGUUGUAAAAUUAGGCAAGUGAAAAUAAAUGUGAUGUAUGUAACGUUAUCUGAAAAUAAACUGUAUCACUGAA